AUGUAUCGACACAGCCUUCUCCAAGCUUCAAGACAGGUGCUUGCCAAACCCUCCACAGCGCCUGCUGCUGCUUCCAAUGUUGGGCGGAUCGCGGCAGAGGUGCCAACUACACCGUCGACGCGAAUCUCUAGAGCCUGGGUUUCGUCCUCGAUCAAGCGGCCGAACAAAGACGACCCUUACCACAAGGCAUCAACAGCUGCUACAGGGACGAGCGCUGGUGCACACGAGGGAUCAAGCAGGUACGCUACCCAAUCUAGUGCACCGUUAGUUACCACUCAAAGUUGCUCGAACGAAGAUAGCCCCAGGAAUAGUAGCUGGGACUACGUCUUUAGAACCGAUAACCAGAUUAGCUUCGAAUACCCUGAAGAUGAACAAUUCCCGCGUGAACCUCCCGUGCAGGGCCGCGGUGGAGUCCACUUGAAACGAACACUCGCCAGCUUCUCGCUUGAAGGCCGGACUGCGAUCGUCACUGGAGGCGCUAGAGGCCUCGGUCUUGUCAUGGGUCAAGCAUUGAUCAGUAGCGGCGCUGACUUGGCAAUUGUCGACAUGAACAAGGAGGAAGCUGAGCAUCAGACCAAGGCUAUGCUCGAUCAAUUCAAGAAAGACAACCCCAACUCCGAGGACUACGAUCGGAGCAAGUUUCCAGGUGGCAAGAAGGGAGGCAUCUUCCGCUCUCCCAAGAUCACUGCCCAUUACUGCGACGUAGCUGAUCCGGAGUCGGUCAACAGCUGCUUGGCUGAGAUUAUUAACACUCACGGCAAGGUCGAUCACCUAGUCACCUCAGCUGGCUUCACCGAGAAUUUCGCUGCUGAGCAGUACCCCUACGACCGAAUGAAGAAGCUGUGGGGCGUCAACGUCGACGGCACCUACCUUUUCUCGACUGGCGUUGCUAACCACCUUAUGGCUCGCAAGGCUCCCGGCAGCAUCUGCAUGAUCGGUAGCAUGUCCGGCUCCAUUGUCAACGUUCCACAGCCGCAGGCACCCUACAACGCCGCCAAGGCCGCCAUCCGCCACCUCGCAGCCAGCUUGGCUGUCGAGUGGGCGCAUGCCCAUAUCCGCGUCAACUGUAUCUCGCCAGGUUACAUGCUCACCGCCUUGACCAGAAAGAUCUUGGACGACAACCCAGAGCUAAACAAGACCUGGACCAGUCUGAUUCCCGUCGGAAAAAUGGGCAGACCUGAGGACUUGAUGGGCGCCGUCACCUACCUGCUCAGCGACGCUUCUGGCUACGUCACAGGCGCUGACCUGAGAGUCGAUGGAGGUAUGUCACACUCAAUCUUCCAUUUCACUCUACACCUCCCAUGUCAUUCUUUCACCUUCAAAUGCCUCCACAUUGCGCCACUCGAUGAAACUUCACCCGCUGACCUCACUCCAGGUUACACUUGCACAUAA